AUGCUGACUUUUUGUUCGCUUACUUCGGUGAAGAAACAGCUUCAUAUGAAGGCGGGAGAACUGACUGAACCCAUCGAAUUGGAGCGGCGUCAGAUGGAAUUGUUACGUCGCCAAAAGGAUAUUGAUCUCGGUAAAGUCACUCCGCGUUAUGCUGAAUACGUGUUGAGUAUACCUAAACCGGAACGUGAACGGUACAUGCCACGUACUCCUAACAAGUUUCGCAAAGUAUCGCGUCGGGCUUGGGAUGGAAUGAUCCGCAAAUGGCGCAAGCAUUUACACAAUUUUGACGAUUUAAACUUCGAGGAAAGCUGGCGAUCGUUGUCGUCCACUUACAUGUCGACAGGAAGCGGUUUAUCCACUCCAGAUCGUAGCAUUUCCAGUGCAGCACCAUCGGAUCACGAAGAUGAACGGGAUACCCAAGAUGUCAAGCUGACGGCCACUGCAACGGUCAAUCUAUCGGCAGUACCAGGGGAUCGCGGCUCAUUAACAGUUAAAUACUCUUCUCCACGUGCAUUUCAGACAAGACAAAUUAAAGCGGAAGAGGAAGACGAAGAUACACUUCAGGCUAAUCCCAAAGUGUUCCGAGGCAAAUCGCCCGCCAUAAGAGGGAUUAAGCAGUGUGAAGACGAGGACACAUUGUCUGCCAUGCCAACAGUCGAGGGACGUAGGCUGACGAGAAGGUCAGUUUGCAUUUUACGUGACAUCCUCUUUCCUGGGAUCUCCGAAUUUAUUAGAAGUUAUGUUUUCAUGCAGUCAUUUCUCAAAUUUUGUACAUUAUAUUCUGUGUGGCUUUUGAUAGUUUUCGGUUUAAUAUCUUUUGGGCACUCAGUGUCCACAACUUACGAGGCCGGACUUUCUGAAUUGCUAAUGACGUUUGCCUGUUGCUAUGCCUUUAUGAUCUGGUUUGUCUUGGGAAAUUUGGCUCGGAAGAAUUCAUCCGCGCGCCAAAUCUUGCCUUGCAAGAAAUGGUACCUAGUAGAAGCUCACUUUACCGUCGUAACUGUGAAUUAUUUACGAACUACAAAACCUAGAACCGCAUCUCUACUAUUUUGUGCCCAUUGUCGUCUACGUUUCAUAGCUAGCUCUGGUGAACUACGGUUCUUCUGCGUACAACUUGGCUUUCUGCUGGUUUCAAGUCGGCUAAAACGAAGCAGUGAUAACAUGAAUAAUCUAGACUUACCGUUGACUUGCAAAACUACGCGGACGAAGCAUUUUAGAAUAGAGACACCUCAGAUUCACGCAUUUGCUAAUACACUCAGUUAA